CAGCUUAAAACCAAUCCAAUCUAAUCCACUACCACAAGCGAAACUCAUAGGAAGUUAAUAAUUUGAUCUACCUUGCCAAUGAAUUUAUGGCAACCUUUCAAGUCUCAACCAUAUUUCCUUUGAGGGAUUCUUCAAAUCAAAAGCGUAUUCCUAAAGGAGUAGUUAUUGUAGCAACCAAUAAUGCACCAAAUGGCAAGUAGUGCAAAACUUUGUGAUCCAGUGGUGAUGUCUGAGAUAUAUGCAAUCAUGGAGGUAGUUGCUGAUAGAGUGGAGAUGCACAAGAACAUUGGAGCACAGCGCGACAAUUGGAACCACCUCCUUCUGAGUUCCAUCAAUGUGAUCACUCUCACUGCUGCAAUCAUUGCAGGAAUUGCAGCUAGCAGUACUACAAGUGCUGGAGUACCCUUUACGGCACUCAAGGUCUCUUCCGCUCUUCUCUAUGUAGCAGCCACUGGAAUGUUGGUGGUGAUGAACAUGAUCCAGCCGUCCCAACUAGCCGAAGAACAGAGAAUUGCUGCCAGAUUGUUCAAGCAGCUUCAUAGCCAGAUUCAAACAACAGUGUCACUUCAAAACCCGAAUUGAAGCAGAAUUAGUACUAUGAAGCUAUAGAGAAAGUGUUGGCAUUGGACAGGGCAUAUCCACUUCCUUUAUUAGGUGAAAUGCUUGAUAAAUUUCCCAAAACUGUGGAGCCUGCAAUAUGGUGGCCGCAACAGAAGCAGCUUAGCCGACGAGGAGUACCUGAUCAAGGAAUUGAAGGAAGAUUGGCAAAUAGAUCCAACAGUUGGAGUGCAAAAAUUGAAGAGGAAAUGACAGAGAUUGUUGGGGUAUUGAAGAGCAAGGAUGUGCCAGAGUACCUGAGGUUGACCGAGGUAGCCUUGAAAAUUAACAGAAUUCUAGCCAUUUCUGGCCCUCUUUUAACAGGGCUUGCAGCUUUGGGAUCUGCUUUUUUGGGUUCUAGUAUUUUUGGAGUUUGGAGCGGGAUGGUAGGAGUCAUUGGGGGAGCUUUGGCAAGUGUGGUGAACACAAUAGAGCAUGGGGGUCAAGUUGGAAUGGUGGUUGAAAUGUAUAGAAGCAAUGCUGGUUUCUUUAGGCUCAUACAAGAGACCAUAGAAGCAAAUUUAAGAGAAAAAGAAGUUGGGAGAAGGGAGAAUGGGCAAGUGCUUGAAAUGAAGGUGGCUUUGCAUCUGGGAAGGAGCCUAUCAGAACUCAAGCAUCUUUCUGUCUUUUCUUAUGGAAGCAAGCUGUUCUAGACUAGUAGACUUCUAGUGCAUGUUAUGUUGGUUUAACCCCUAAACUUGUUUAGUCUUGUGAAGUAAUUUAUGUUAUCUAUUUAUCUAACGUCAAAGGAAAUUUACAGUUUAUCAAUA